AUGUUCGCAACCAUGGUGUCCAAGCUGACAUCUCUGCAGCAGGAACUUUUGAGCGCCCUGUUAGAUUCAGGAGUUACUAAAGAUGUUCUGCUCCAGGCGCUGGAUGAUAUGGAUCCGGGCCCGAUCAGCUAUGGAGUUAAACUAGAGAAUCUGCACAUGUCGCCGUCUUCGUCUAAAACAAAUACUAGCGACGUGGAGGUCAAGCCGAUUUUCCACCAGCUGACCAACGGGCACAGUAAGGGAAAACUGUCGGGGGAUGAAGGUUCAGACGACGGAGAUGAUUACGAUACACCGCCGAUCCUGAAGGAGCUUCAGUCGCUUAAUACUGAGGAAGCGGCCGAGCAGAGAGCUGAGGUGGAUCGCAUAUUGGCGGUGGACUCGUGGCGCGCGGCGCGCAUGAUCAAAGCCUACAUGCAGCAGCACAACAUUCCCCAGCGCGAGGUGGUCGAUGUCACCGGCCUCAACCAAUCACAUCUCUCACAGCACCUGAACAAGGGCACGCCCAUGAAGACGCAAAAGCGCGCGGCUCUCUACACCUGGUACGUCAGGAAGCAGCGCGAGAUCCUUCGGCAAUUCAACCAAGCAAUACAUGGAUCUGGCAUUAAUAUGACAGACAAGGGCAGUCAGGAUCAGGUGCUCCUUCUUUUCCCAGAGUUCAAUCAGACUGCGCCGAACAUGAUGCAAACAGUGGACGAUGCUUGCAGUGAGCCAGCCCUUAAGAAGCUCCGGCGUAACCGCUUCAAGUGGGGUCCUGCAUCUCAGCAAAUCCUCUACCAAGCUUAUGAGCGGCAGAAGAACCCGAGCAAAGAAGAACGAGAGGCUCUCGUUGAAGAGUGCAACAGGGCGGAAUGUCUCCAGAGAGGUGUAUCACCAUCAAAAGCCCAAGGGCUUGGGUCUAAUUUGGUCACAGAGGUGCGUGUUUACAACUGGUUUGCCAAUCGCCGCAAAGAGGAAGCCUUCAGACAGAAACUGGCUAUGGAUGCCUACACUGGACAGACGCAUGUCAUCAACCCCCUCCUGUCGCACAGCUCACCACACCAUUCACAGUCCAGCACAUCUCCAUCUAGCAAGAUGCAAGCUGUCAGGUACAACCAGAGUUCGAGUGAAGUCAGCUCCUCUAGCACCAUCAAUCACCACAGCAUGACGAGCAGCCAGUCGGUAUUGCAGCAGGUCUCUCCAGGAGCGCUGGACCACAGCCACAGCUUGCUGUCACCUGACGCCAAGAUGAUCUCAUUAUCAGGCGGAGGACUUCCACCAGUAAGCACCUUGACCAACAUCCACAGCUCCCACCAUCCUCACCAGCAAACGCAGAACCUUAUCAUGCCCAUCUCUGGAGUCAUGGCCAUUGCACAAAGUCUAAAUACGUCGCAGGCACAGACGGUACCGGUUAUCAACAGUGUGGCGGGCAGCCUGGCCACCUUACAACCUGUGCAAUUCUCCCAGCAGCUGCACAGCUCCCAUCAGCAAAGCCUCAUGCAGCAGUCCCACGGCCACAUGAGCCAGCAGCCCUUCAUGGCCACCGUCACACACUCACACAUGUACCCUCACAAGCAGGAACUGCCACAGUAUUCCCACCCCUCACGCUUUCCCUCCGCUAUGGUCGUGACAGACACAAACAGCCUUAGUACCCUCAGCCAGAUGUCUUCCACCAAACAGUGUCCUUUACAAGCCUGGUGAGCAUGUACACCUGACCUCUUCAGUGCCUAGCAACAGGAGAACAUUUCCCUCUGUCAUCCCUGCUGUAACUGUGGUAACUCCUAAUAACUGCCAACAGUGCACUGGACGUGGAGCUGGUCACUAAUGUAUGAACUGAAGUAAGAUCAGGUGCUAUGCUUUGGUCUUCUGUUGCCGUGGAAUGACACCAGGGUGACCUGGAUGCAGAUGCAAGAAAUCUGGGACAGUUUUGUAUCUAUUUGCAAAACACUAAGGGAGAGGUCAAAGUUCACGUGUUCACCUGACUGCCCCUGAGGAACAAAUGGAACGUAUGUGCAGUUGGUGUAAACUGACGUAUGGGCACUAAACAUCUAAAAACCAACCACAAAGGAAGACCAACGCUCAAGGAGGUCUGAGGAAACGCUGACGGCUCUUUAUUAGACUUUGCUCACGCGACAUUGACAUUGUGUUGAAUUGUAAAUGAAUUGACAAUCACUGUUUAUUAUUAUUAUAAAAGUUUUUGUCAGGUAUUUUGAAGAAUUUUAAGUGUGCGCACUGGGUCUCAGUAAGUCUUCCAUCGUGAGUUAGUAGGAAUAGUCACUGUUCUGUACAGGUGUAAAUAUGAAUGAUAAUUAUGACCUUUCUUAAGAAAAAAUGUACAUAUUUUUAAGUCUAUUACUUUCAUAGAUGCUGUUUUUAAAUGUAUAAACUGUGAUUUCGAGAUGACAAUCUGUAGAAGAGGAAGGACUAUGCAAUGUAUUGGAAAAGCACAAAGAUGGGUGGUGUCAGUCCAUUUUCCCUUGGGUUGAAAAAGCAAACUCAAUGCCAGUUACACAAGCCAUCUAUGCACCGCAAAGUUAAUCUUUCAAGUGUAACAUGUUAAACAAAGGCAUUCUUUUUUAUUUUUCUUAUUUUUAAUUUAUUAAAAAGAUUGUAAGACUAAAAUAAGACUAACGACCUAUUUUUGGAAUUAAUUUGCUGGCCCGAAAGAUGAGCUGGCUUCUUUUAGGAAAUAAAUGCUCAUAAUACAUACAAACAUUUGGCAGUGAAGUGAGUCGAUUUUACCUAAAAUUGGUUAAAAUGUCAAAACACAGGCUAAAGCGGCAGUGUGUGAGUUUUAGGACCACGCUGACCAAGUAACAAAGUAGCAAAACACAUUUAAAAUUGUGCUGUCAGUCAGUCCUGCCCAAAAAGCUUGGCUUUGCAUUAUUUUAGGUUGGCACACAGAUAAACAACAAUUGAUGUGAAAAAAAUCUCAUAUUCUUUUCUCUAUGAGAUUAUAGUACAAUAGCUUUAAGAAUACUGUGCAUUUUUCUAGGUAUUUGUAAUAAUUAUAUAGUAAACUAUAGUUUUAAAACCCAUUGGCGUACAAUUAAGCAUCAUUAAAUAAUCAUGGUUGUUUUGGGAUAAUCUUAAAUAAGAAAUAUGAGAAAAGGUGAAAUACCAAUUUCAGUGUGUACACUUGCAAUGAUGAGGUCAUUUUACAGCCUGUUAAAGCAAAUCUGCACAUCUGGUUCUGUCAAUAUGAAUGUUUUUUUUGACAUUAAGAGUCUCCUGCUUUACUGUUGUGGUAACCCUCAGACACUAAUCAAUGUAAGCAAGAUGGCUAGCUUUUAUCAGUUCAGGGUAGCCAGAAUGAACAGUAUUAACUUUCAAACCAGAUGUAAUAACACCAGAUGCUUGUUUAUUUGGGUAUUGCUUAAAACGAAAAACCAAAAGAAUCCUGUCACCUGUUUUGUGCCUCCAAUACUUUUCAAAAGGUCACUUUUUUAAUGCAUUUACUGAGCGUUUGUCACUUGGUCAUGACUGCAUUCCAAACACAAACCAUGUGAUUCUCUCCUACUUGUAUUAUUUUUGUAUAAAAUGAAAAUCAAUCUUUUAAAAUCAUUAUUUAUAUGGUGAAAUAAAUGAAGUGUUUCAAGUAAAGGCUCUUCCCCAGACUGGAA